AUGUCUGCAAGUUCCAUCGCUAUCGUUUACUCAUCUUACCACGUCGGCCUACGUGACCAUCGUGUGGGCGAUGGACCGAACCGCAUACGCAAACUCGGCCUGAUCGAACGGUUGGAAGAGCUAGGCGCCAAGGUCUACGUCGACGAAAUCCAACCGGUUGACGAGUUCGAGGGCGAGAUAGGGCGAAGCUUUGAGGUCCUACGUCGCACAGCAGUCGCUGUUUCCAAAGCUCGAGCCAACAUUUCCUUCCCCUUCAUCCUCUCCAAUAACACUUGUUGGAGUGGACUUGUACUAGCUUUCUUAGCAAGUAAUCCUAGUACUCUCUAG